AUAUUCUGUUGCUCUUGUGCUGCCACCACCGUAUCAAUUUGUGACAAAUCAAUCGUCACUCAGUCACAUCAAGCUACUGCCACACUUUCAAACAUUGGCUGUGCUGUUGUCAAUCAUUCUGAUUUACUGCGACGUAAUUACACAUACACACACAAACCUUUUUCACACUGUGAGUCCUACUUAACGUCUUCGAUCUUUUCUCAACGAGACUAUCACACAAAUGGGCGUGCUCAACCGAUUAUUUUCCAAUAACAAAGGCUAAAUAUAAAUUUUCUUCAAAUAAUCAGCUUUUCAGCCAAUCGUAUCGUAAAAGUCUACGUUUACACAGAAAAAAUGGGAAUUUCGGGCUUGGAAAAGUUUUGCAUUUCAAACAAAGCCAUCGCUCAAAAGAUUGAUAUUCGUGACGAGAUUGCAAAAUGGCGACGUGAACAUGGCGACGAUCCAACGAUUAUAAUUGAUGUGAAAGAGUUGGUUAGAGUUCUUGGAGAUAGAUGUUCCGAUCAUUCAUUUGCACGGGGAUUACGUCUUGGCGGCCAAUUCCGGAAAUUCAAUGAAAUUUUGGAAUACUUCUUCGACGAGAUGAAAAAGGCCGGCGCAAAUUUGUUGUUCGUCGCACGAUUGAAUGAGGGUCGAUACAGAGAUUUUCCCAACCGAUGGGAAUCAUCGACUUUGUAUCCCAACGAGCGCUUGCUGUACAACUUGAUGCAAGUCUGCUCGAAAUACGGUCAGGUGUCGGUGUAUUAUCGGCUGGGUAAGCGUUCGAUUUUGUCAUAUGCACGAGAACAUCGCAACAACGUCAUGGCAUUGAUUACACGUAACGCACCAUUUUUGGUCUAUGACAUUGAUUUUUCGUUGUGGUGCCUCUGCAACGUUGAUUUCUUCGAACUGAAAAUUGUGAAAAUCUGCCCCAAACAAAUGUUGCAAGCCAUUGCAUUGAACUCAAAGCAAAUGCAACUCGUUCGGGCCAUUUGCAAGCUUGAUAAGAGCGUAAAGUUUCGACUUCUGGGAAAACAAUGUAGCAAACUGGCUUUUUUGGUGGAGCGCGUGAAACUUUUGGAAUUUGGUGAAAAUGGAUUUGAUUUGAAUGGAUUUCCUGGAUCCAAAGAUUUGACCGAAGAACAACGCGAUGAGUUCGAAGAAAAACUGAAUCGUGUAUUUGCUGUAAACGACUACGCUGCCGAUUGGAAUGACGACAUUUACGACGGAUUGAUUUUGGAUUUGGUGAACAAUGACGAAUCGUUCAAUUUGGUGUUACAAUUCUGCAAGGCGAAUCUUUACUUUGCAUACAAAUCAAUGAACGAAAAGCUCACCAUUCAAAAAGACCUUUUAUUCAUUGACAUUCGUCGACCAGGUGCAUUGCCGUUCAUCGACUUGGUGAUAAGCGUGACAAUGAAGCUGUGCGGAAUCAUUUUCAAGGACGUUGAGCCAGACAAACAGCCGAAGACACGAACCGUGAAACUGAAGCGAAUUUUCGGGGAAGAAGCCGUUGAAUACGAAGUGGAUAUCGAGUAUCCAACGAUGGCAUUGCCGAGCCUCAAAGAAUUGCUCAUUGAAGAGGAAGACAAAUCGUUUGAUCUGUCCCGUUUAUCACUCUUGAUGUGGCUGUUGGAUUUAAGCGAAGAGACGAUGUCGAAGAUCAAUAGCUCAAAGAAGCAAAUGCGAAUCGUUCUGUUGACAUUGAACCUGUUGCUAACACAUCGAAUCAUCACCACCCAUGAAGCCGAUAUUCUUCUAUUGACGGAAUUUGAUGGUCACAGCAAAGGAAAUGUUUACGUUCCGAAAAGCUUCCGGCCACCACCAUCGAAGCCAAACUGGCGUGAUUCGGGUCACGUCGAUAUUUCAUGGAUUCAAACGGUACACAAGUAUACGAUUACCUACGAGCUUGUGUGUCAUUGCCUUGAAUUGUGCGGGCUACGUAAGAAAACGGAUCUCAUCGAGAUGGACGCGGGCAAAUUCCAUGACAAUAUGAACCAAGUCAAAGAUGGAAACAAUAACGAACAAUUCGAACGUAUGAUGGCAUCAAUCAAGGACAUUCGCUUAUGGUGAAUAAAAUUCACUCAAAUGUUCUUCGCAUGUUGUACUCCAGCCGAACCAUUUUUAUACAAAAACUCAUUCAAUUUUUCCGCAUUACUGAUUAUUAUGUUAUGACACAUACAAAAUAUAUGUGUAGAAUUUUAUAACACAAAAUAUAAAUGCUGAGCAAGACGAUUUUCAAUAAAGAAUAAAUAAUAGUUCGCAUGUGAACACUAAA